UUCAGUCCACCUCCGCCAGGCCCAGAGUUGAGAUCUAGAUGCUGCUAGAAUGCAAGAGCAUCAGCGCAGGCUGCAGAGGCGGAUGCGCCACUAGGGCGAGCAAAUUGAACAGCAAGCCAAAACAACAGUUCAGAUCAGCUGCUAAGAGACCGGCCAGGGAGGGGGUGGUGGUGAGACACUCUCUUCUCUCUCCCCUCCUGAGAGGUGCCAUUAUCCUGAACAGAGGAGCCUCAAUUCAACAGGGAAGGAUGACCCAGGGAAAGGUCUCCGUGAAUAACAAGCCCACAAAUUCAGAUGGACAGCAGGGAAAUGAAGAAAAGAAGGACAACGCAACUGCCCCCUCAGCACCUCCAACCUAUGAAGAGGCCACCUCUGGGGAAGGGCCGAAAGCAGGGGCAUUCCCUCCACCUACAACCGUUCUUUUCCACCCCAGCUGGUCAUAUGUGGAUCCUAGUACAAGCCCUAACUAUGGCAGCGGAGGAUACCCAGGAGACACUGAGAUGCUCACAACUUUCAACUGGGAUGACAGGAACGUACGCAGGGUGUUCAUUAGGAAGGUUUAUACCAUCCUUAUGGUUCAGCUGUUUGUUACGGUUGGCAUUGUGGCUCUCUUCACCUUUUGUGAACCAGUCAAAGGAUAUAUCCAGACAAAUCCAGCCUGGUACUGGGCUUCUUAUGCUGUUUUCUUUGUGACUUAUUUGAUUCUGGCGUGCUGCUCUGGACCCAGGAGGCACUACCCAUGGAACCUGAUUCUCCUGAGCAUCUUUACUCUGUCCAUGGCUUAUCUAACAGGGAUGCUUUCCAGCUACUACAACACUAUGUCGGUCCUUCUGUGCCUCGGGAUCACAGCGCUGGUAUGCCUCUCUGUGACCAUAUUCAGUUUCCAGACCAAGGUGAGUCAAAUGUCAUUCAGCGACUUGUUUCUGACUUUUUGUCAAAUGAUAUGACUUCUAUUUGGGGGGCAGUAUCUGGCCAUCCACCUGCUCUUAACCACUACCCCACAAUGGCUCUCCUACACUAUAUGCUCUCCAACUGGUAACUUCUGUGUUUUCUCUCCCCAGUUCCUGGCUUUUGACACCCAGCUCUUGAUGGGCAACCGCCGCUACGCGAUGAGUCCUGAGGAAUACAUCUUUGGCGCCCUCAACAUUUAUCUGGACAUCGUCUACAUAUUCUCCUUUUUCCUGCAGAUCUUCGGGUCCAGCCAAGAUUGAGCUUGACACAGCUGCUAGGUCUUGUGUCUGAUGAAAGAGAAAAAUCGAUACAUGUACAUGUUAAUAUAACAACGGCAAAGAAAGAAUGGGGAGGGGGGGAUGAACCAACCUCUCUGGCCUAUCACUGCAAGCCCCAUUACAUCAGAAGAGCACCUGCCACCCCCUGGCCUCAAGUUCCUUCUUCAGCCUGUACAUAUAUGCUGUGAAAUCUUGUGUGACU